AUGCAAUAAAUAUACUAAUAACCUUAGUUAAUAAGUGUGGCUCCUUAUUUAGCUUCCUAUUGUGUUGGAUAUCACAAAGAAUAUCCAAUAUCUUUGCAUCAGCAAGUGUUUGAGCCUGACUUUACAAUGAAACCAAAUUAUAAAGCCAUCAAAACAUUUGAUCCUUAAUAACUUGUGAGAUAUUUGCAAAAUCAUUUUCCUUUGAUAAGGAGAAACAUUUUUUAAUUUGAAGAUUAGAUGAGAAAGUUAAAUUAAAUAUUUGGAUAGAUUGUUAUAAAUGGUUACCACAUUGAUGAUUUCUUAAAAUAAUUCUAUUUCGUUUUGGAUAAAAGAUUGCAAAGGCUCUUUGAUGAUCUUGAUUAGCACUUAAUCAAAUUGAAAGUAAAAUAAGCAUAGGAAUUGAUACCAGGUGACUACAGAAUUGGGGACACUCGAAAACAUAUUAGAUAAAAAUUAAUAGAUAUGUCAAACGAUUUUGUGACUAAAUUUGCUUCCAGAACAAAUCCACAAGCAUAUGAUAGAGAAGUUAUAAAAAUAAUUGAUCAAAUUUUAAGAAUCUAUGAAUUACAGAAAUAUGAUCAUGGAUGGCAUUUUAUCAUAAAUAUCACAAAAUUCAAUCUAGAAGAUGUAUUGGAAAGGGCUUGCAAUAAUGAACCCACCUAAUUUUAAAAAAUAGAUGAACUGAUUGAAUCCAUGUUUAUUAUUUCAAUGAAAUAAGUUAAGGAUGCUACUGAACAUGAAAAUACAAGCCCACUCUUUGUUUUUAAUAAGGAUGCUGUGUUGUCUAGAUUUCAUUCAAUUAUCAAUGAUAGAUCAGAUCCCUAAAUAUCCAUUAAUGAUUUGUAUUAUAUAAGUAAAACUGUGUGUAUGAGAGAUAGAAGAAUCAUUUACAACGAAUUUUAUGAUUAAAUUAAUAAGGAACUUAAAGAAAUUGCUCCUGAAUAUUUCUAAUUUGCAACAACAGAAAAGAGCGAAUAUUAAAAGAAAAGAGAAGAACUUCAUAAAAAAUUAAUAAAAACUUAAAGCGAUUGGGAAUCUUUAAAGGAAGAUGAAAUUUACUAUCUAAUUUUAGAGGAUAGAAUUAAUGAAGAGGUUUUAAGAAAGGUUCCCUUGACAAGUGAAAGAUAGUUACAAUAAUUGUAAAAUUUAAGUGCCUUCGCAAACAAAUCUUCCAAACUAUAAUCUGAUGCAGUAACUUUGCUUAAGGAGAUCUUGGAUCACAAAGAUGAAUCAAAAGUCUAUAUUGAAACCAAACUCCAAGAGGCUUUGGAUAAGGCAAAAUAAUAUUAUACAAAGAUGACACCUGGUAGAACGCCAUCCUCAAAUUAAAUUAAAUAAUACGUAGAUAGUCUUUAUAGUGAAUUAACCAACUUAUUAAACUCAGAUAUCUCUAAGUUUUAAGGAUAAAUGUCAUAAACUGAUAAGUCUGUUGAACAAUAACUUGCUAAAAACAAACAGAAUCCUUAUUUAUAAUAAGUAUAAAAAGAACUUCAAAAGUAACAGGUUAGAGAUCAUAUAUAAAAAGAACACGAAAAUGAAAUGAAAAGCAGAUAUGAAUUAGUUGAUUUCGUGAUAAGAUCAUAGUAUUAGCAAGAUCUAUCUAAAGAAAAUGCAUCAACAAAACCAACUUAGCCUUUAAAUAAAAUUGUAAUCAUGGAAGGUAGUUCUAUAGCAAAUGAACAUUAUUAUGGAAGAUAAAUUGAAAACAAUCAAAAACCUGAGUAAGAAGGUAAAUAUGAAUAAUGGAUAAAUAAAAACAAGUCUGAAAAUAGUUCGAGUUUGAGUAAAAAUGUCGAUGUCGCUUCCAUAUCAAAAUAACAUGUCCUUAAAAAUGUGGGAUAACCAUCAGACUCUGAAUAAUUUAGAAAAGAAUAUUUAGAGAAAAAUAACCAACAAACAACAAAACCAGAUCCAAAACUAAUAAUUUAACAGGAGCCACCAAUAAAGCCAGAUCCAUUAAUAGAUACCCAAAUACAAAAACAAACAAAAAACCCAGAUCCUCCUAUAGAUCCUCAAUAAAAAGCACCAUCAACUGAGGUGGAUCCUCCUUAAAAGGAACCAUCGACUAAGACUUAUCCUCAACAACAACAACUUUCAACUAAUAUAUAUCCUUUUAAAGAUAUCCAUAUAAAAUAGCCAGAAGCUUCAAAUCCAAUAGAAUUAAAUCAGAAAAAUAUUAUAGAACUUAAUUAAUCCUUCUAGUCUUAGAUAUAAUCUGGUAGCGAAUCUAUUUUAGAAAAGGAUUCUGAAAAUUUAAAUGAAAUAAGAUAGUCUGAAAAUGAAGUAUGGGAGAUUGAUUUUAUUCUUAUAACCCCAGAAAUUUUGCCCUCAAUAAAUAAGUAUACUAAAGGAACAAAGUAUGGAAAAAAAAUUCUAAUUACAAUGAAAGAAUUUAAUUCUAUUGAAUAUGUAAUUUAAUUGUUUGAAGAUUUUAAUUUAUAAGAUAAGGCUUACUUUUUAGAUUUUGAUGUAGCACUAGAGCUAUUGGCCAUUUUUGAUAAAUUAAUUUCUUAAGAAGAAGUUGAAGAUGAUGUUGAAAGAUUAGAUUCUUAUAUAAAGAUGACAUAUCAGAAAAGUACUGGAAGAAAAAACUUUGGUGAAUAAAAAAACUUUUUCCCAUUUCAAGAUAAUCGAUUUUUGUUUUAUUUAGUUGAAAAGGAUCCUGAUUCAAAUUAAUUAAUAUUCUAUUUCGAUGAAUAGCCAAAUGAAGAUGAAAUGGGGGAAGAAUUCGAUCAAUUUUUGCAGAUGUUCCAAUAGAUUUUCUAAUGUGAAGAGUUUGAAAUUUCUCAAGUGAUUCUUCCACCUUAAUCAAAAAUAAAGCUUGAUUCCUUUGGAGCUGAUGGAAACUAUAUAAAGUAUAUGAUGACAGUUUUUACAAUUAUUUAUGAGCAAUAAAAUAUUUAGCGAGACAUAAUUAUAAAUGAUGACACAAUUGAAAGAGCAUUUUGGGCUUUAAAUUAAUAUAUGGAAUUAUACACAGCAUUGCAAGAGAAUGAGGAAGAUGUUAGAAAUACCUUUAUUGAAAUGAUAGAAUAGGCACAAAAGAAUAAUAAUACUGUAAUAAUUAAAGCAAUAGAAGAGUAUUACUCAAAAGAAGGACUUGAAAAUUCAUCAUUACAAAUAUAAGAGAUUUAUGACGACUUCUUGUAAAAUAAGGUUAUAAAAUAAGCCUUUUUCUCUAUAGAUAUUGUAAUUUAAGAAUAAUAAUAAAAGUAUAGUCUUUAUGUUCAUCUAUAAAAAGUAGCAAAAACUAAUUUUCUAAAGAUAUUUACUCUAGAAAGCUAUGGAGAAUUCAAUGAAUUGAUGUUUAACAUGUUAUUGAUAAAUGAUGGCUUAUUUACAUAUGAAAUUUACUAAGAUUUUCCAAGACAUAAAAUUUUCUAAGAAUAUAGCGAAGUAACGCUGGGAGCAUUUUACCAUCUUGUAAUAAAGAAAAAUUUAACACCCGAAGAGGCUAUGGCAAAUUUAGUUUUCUCAGUAGUUCCAUAUAGUCUUAUUUUAAAAAAAUAAGAAUGA